CAGAGCCAAGCUGUCAGCCCAUGUGGCGUGGCCAGAGAGCAUGUCAGACAUUUAAAUUACAGAGAAAGAGAAUCAAAGAAGCGAGAGAAAUUCAGAGGAGGCAACAGUAAGGAUCGGCAUUUGUUAGAAACCGGCAGUAGCAGGGACUGCGGGCAACGUUAUAAGAUAAAGGACCCUCGAAAGGAUACAUCGUUAGCGAUAGACACAUUGUUUCAUACGAGUUCUAAGGAUAUCCAAGCAUCUCCUUACUAGAGAGAUAAAAUCAGACCAUGGAGGAGAUCGUAAUAGCUGGAAUUUCAGGCCGACUGCCUGAGUCUAACAACCUGGAGGAAUUUUGGGAGAAUCUCUUCAAUGGAGUGGAUAUGGUGACAGAGGAUGACAGGAGGUGGAAGCCAGGUUUGUACGGCCUUCCGAGGAGAAAUGGGAAACUGAAGGAGAUCAAUAAGUUUGAUGCCUCUUUUUUCGGAGUACAUCCUAAGCAAGCCCACACCAUGGACCCACAGCUCAGACUCAUGUUAGAAAUCUCAUAUGAAGCCAUCGUAGAUGGAGGCAUAAACCCAGCAUCCAUGCGUGGUUCCAACACGGGCGUGUACAUCGGUGUCAGCGGUUCAGAGGCAGGAGAGGCCUUCAGCCGUGACCCAGAAGAGCUGCUGGGCUACAGUAUGACCGGUUGCCAGCGCGCCAUGUUCGCCAACCGCCUCUCCUACUUCUUCGACUUCAAUGGACCCAGCACUGCCAUUGACACAGCCUGCUCCUCCAGCCUGCUGGCCCUGGAGAACGCCUUCAACGCCAUCCGGCACGGACACUGCGACGCCGCCCUGGUGGGCGGAGUCAACCUCCUGCUGAAGCCCAACACCUCCGUGCAGUUCAUGAAGCUGGGCAUGCUCAGUCCCAACGGCACCUGCAAGUCUUUCGACUCCUCGGGUGACGGUUACUGUCGCUCAGAAGCUGCUGUAGCCGUGCUGCUGACCAGGAGGUCCAUGGCGAGGAGAGUUUACGCCACAGUCAUCAACGCUGGCAACAACACAGACGGCUACAAAGAGCAAGGUGUGACCUUUCCUUCGGGAGAGAUGCAGCAGCGUCUGGUGCGUUCCCUCUACCAGGAGGCCAACAUCUCCCCAGAGCAAGUAGAGUACAUCGAGGCCCAUGGCACGGGCACGAAGGUCGGAGAUCCACAGGAAGUGAAUGGCAUUGUCAGCGUCUUCUGCGAAGCCAAGCGUGAUCCUCUGCUGCUUGGCUCUACCAAAUCCAACAUGGGCCACCCUGAGCCGGCCUCUGGCCUGGCCGCUCUCGCCAAGGUUGUCCUCUCCCUGGAACACGGUGUGUGGGCCCCCAACAUCCACUACAAUGACCCCAAUCCCGACAUCCCCGCGCUGACAGAUGGCAGGGUGCGCGUUGUGAGUGAGCCCCUGCCCGUGAAGGGCGGCAUCGUGGGCGUCAACUCCUUCGGCUUUGGGGGCUCCAACGUCCACGUGAUCUUGCGGCCCCCCGGUCCCCCAAGCCCAAAACCCGCUCCCCAGGAGCCCCCCGCGGUGCCCCGGCUGCUGCAGGUCUGCGGCCGCACCGAGGAGGCGGUGAGCACCCUCAUACAGAAGGCCAAGGACAACAGCGCCAACGCCAGCUUCCUGAGCAUGCUCAAUGAGGUGUCCGGAGUGCCCACUGCCAGCAUGCCUUACAGGGGCUACGCUCUGAUUGGCAGCCCGUCCGACGUGAUGGAGAUCCAGCAGGCGCAGGCCACACCGAGACCUCUGUGGUACAUUUGCUCAGGGAUGGGCACGCAGUGGGCAGGCAUGGGUCGCAGUCUGAUGCAGCUGCAGGAGUUCCGGGAGUCCAUCCUGCGCUCCGACGAGGCGCUCCAGGACACGGGGCUCUGCGUGUCCCGCCUGCUCAUGGAGGCCAGUGAGGUCACCUUUGAGGACACUGUCCACGCCUUCGUGGGGCUCGCCGCCAUCCAGAUCGCUCAGAUUGACCUGCUCCAGAAGAUGGGCCUGCAGCCGGACGGCAUUGUGGGGCACUCGGUGGGUGAGCUGGCAUGCGGCUACGCCGAUGGCUCCCUGAGCCACAGCGAGGCCAUCCUGGCCGCCUACUGGAGAGGGAAGUGCAUCAAGGAGGCCAACCUGCCCCCCGGGGGCAUGGCCGCUGUAGGCCUGACGUGGGAGGAGUGCAAGGCUCAGUGUCCACAGGGGGUUGUGCCAGCGUGCCACAAUGCUGAAGACACCGUCACCAUCUCUGGCCCUCAGGAGGCAGUCAGCCAGUUUGUAGCCCAGCUCAAAGAAAAUGGCGUGUUUGCCAAGGAGGUGCGCAGCGCCGGUGUGGCCUUCCACUCUUAUUACAUGGCCUCCAUCGCCCCUGCCCUGCUGGCUGCUCUCAAGAGGGUGAUAAAGAACCCGAGGCAACGUUCUGCCCGCUGGAUCAGCACCUCCAUCCCCCAGGCGGACUGGGAGAGCCCCCUGGCACUCUACUCUUCCGCCGAGUACCACGUUAAUAACCUGGUGAGCCCUGUGCUGUUCCAGGAGGGGCUGAGACUGGUCCCCGACAACGCUGUGGUGGUGGAGAUCGCCCCGCACGCCCUCCUGCAGGCGAUCCUGAAGCGCAGCCUGAAGUCCUCUUGCUCAAUCCUGCCCUUAAUGAAGAGGGGACACGCUAACAACCUGGAGUUUUUCCUCUCGCACAUCGGCAAGGUCUACAUGGAUGGGAUUAACCCGGACAGCAACAGGCUGUAUCCUAAUGUCACUUACCCAGUCCCUGUGGGCACUCCUUUGAUCUCCCCUCACAUCGUCUGGGACCACUCCCAGGACUGGGACGUCCCGCGUGCGGAGGACUUCCCCUCUGGCUCUGGCGGCUCUACCUCCGCCACAGUCUACAACAUUGACAUGAACCCUGAAUCUCCGGACUACUACAUGACCGGUCACUGCAUCGACGGGCGAGUCCUGUACCCGGCCACGGGCUACCUGGUGCUGGCCUGGAGGACCCUGCUCAGGAGCCUGGGGGCGGUGAUGGAGCACACGCCUGUUGUUUUCGAGGACGUCACCAUUCACCGUGCCACCAUCCUGCCAAAGACUGGUUCUGUACAGCUGGAGGUCCGCCUCAUGCCCGCCACCAACAAAUUUGAGGUGUCUGAAAAUGGCAACCUAGCAGUCAGCGGCAAAGUGAGUGUCCUUGAGGAGAAGGCCUUGGACACUUUCCGCUCCCAGAUGAGCCAGCCUGUGCCAGAGGGGGAGAACGACCCGAAACUGCGCCUGACAGCCAGCGACAUCUACAAGGAGCUGCGUCUACGCGGCUACGACUACGGCAAAACCUUCCAGGGCAUCCUGGAGUCCAACAAUGCCGGGGACACCGGCAAGCUGGAAUGGACCGGUAACUGGGUGACCCUGCUGGACACCAUGCUACAGAUGAUCGUGGUGGGCCUGGCCGGUCGUAGCCUGCGCCUGCCCACCCGGAUCCGCUCGGUGUGCGUGGACCCUGCGCUGCACGAGGAAAGGGUUAAAGAUUACGCAGAGGGCAAGAGAGCUGUGGACGUCCACGUCAACCGUUGCCUGGACAGCAUCGUAGCGGGAGGAGUCCAGAUUUGCGGGCUCCACGCCACCGUGGCACCGCGUCGCCAGCAGCAACAGAGCCCGCCCACCCUGGAGGAGUUUGUGUUUGUGCCAUUCAUGGAUACGGAGUGCCUGAGGAGCAGCGAGAAGCUCGGAGACCAGCUGAGGCACUGCAAAGGCCUGAUCCACAGGCUGCAGAGGAAGCUGGCGCAGCAGGGAGUGAAGAUCUCCAUCCCGGGCCUGGAGGGGGCGACGGAAGGGCAGCUGAUCGGGGCGGAGUCUGAGAACGGCCUGCUGCGCCUGCUGUCGGUGCUGUGCGGGCUGGAGCUCAACGGGAACCUGCGCUCGGAGCUGGAGCAGACUGUGCAGAAGGAGAGGGACUGCCUCCUGCAGGACCCCCUACUCAACGGCCUGCUGGACUCCCCCGCCCUGCGCCACUGCCUGGACAUCGCCUUGGAGAACGUGACGCCCGGCAAGAUCAAAGUGCUGGAGGCCCUGUCCAACGAUGGACGCAUGUUUACCCGAGCCGUCAGUCUCCUCAACAUCCAACCCAUGCUGCGCCUAGACUACACCGCCACCGACAUCACCGCCGACCUGCUGACCCCCCACCAGGCCUCGCUGCAGGACCUGGGCGUCACCGCUGGCCAGUGGGACCCCAACCAGAGCCCCGCCCCCGGGAACAUGGGCGGAGCUGACCUCGUGGUGUGCAACUGUGCCGCUGCUCCCCUGCCCAGCCCCGCGGAGGCGGUGGGGAACCUGGCCUCGGCAGUGAAGGAGGGAGGGUUCAUGCUCCUGCACACUCUGCUGAAGGGGGACACACUGGGAGAGACUGUGGCCUUCCUGACCACACAGAACCACCAGCAGGGCCUGCUGUCCCAGGCGGAAUGGGAAGGAGUCUUUGGGCAGGCCUCUCUCAAUGUGGUUGCCAUGAGGAAGUCCUUCUAUGGCUCUGCGCUCUUCCUGUGUCGCCGUAAGGCUCCCAGCAAACAGCCCGUCUUUCUGUCUGUGGAUGGAAUGGAGUACAAGUGGGUGGAAACUCUCAAGUCCACCCUGGCCGAGACCUCCGACAGCCCCCUGUGGCUUACCGCAACCCAGGGACACUCUGGUGUGGUGGGGAUGGUCAACUGCCUGAGGCAAGAGCCAGGUGGAAACCGCAUAAGGUGUGCAUUUGUGUCCAACCUGAACCAGUCAUCAGUGGCACCUUCUCUCACUGCCUCACACAAGGACAUGCAGGCCGUCCUGGAGAGGGACCUGAGCGUAAAUGUGUACCGCGAUGGACAGUGGGGUGUCUUCAGACACCAGCUCAUUCCACAGGAGCUUAACGAGGAGCUGACGGAGCAUGCAUAUGUGAACGUGCUCACACGUGGUGACCUGUCCUCGCUGCGCUGGAUCGUGUCCCCACUGCGUCACUUCGCCCCCAACAACCCCAACGUGCAGCUCUGCCGCGUCUACUACUCCUCCCUCAACUUCCGUGACAUCAUGCUGGCCACCGGGAAACUGCCGCCUGACGCCAUCCCUGGAGACCUGGCGCUGCAGCAGUGCAUGCUGGGAAUGGAGUUUUCCGGGCGUGACCCCAGCGGGCGUCGCGUAAUGGGCCUGCUCCCUGCCAAGGGCCUCGCCACCUGUGUGGAUGCUGACAAGCGCUUCCUGUGGGACGUACCCUCCAGCUGGACUCUGGAGCAGGCAGCCUCUGUGCCUGUGGUCUACGCCACGGCCUACUACGCUCUGGUGGUGCGCGGGCGCCUGCGCCCUGGGGAGAGCGUGCUGAUCCACUCUGGCUCCGGGGGUGUGGGCCAGGCUGCCAUCGCCAUCGCCCUGAGCCAGCGAUGCCGCGUCUUCACCACCGUCGGCUCUGCAGAGAAGAGGGCCUACCUGCAGGAGCGUUUCCCCCAGCUGGGCGCCGAGUCCUUCGCCAACUCGAGAGACACCUCCUUCGAGCAGCAUGUGCUUCUGCACACACAGGGCAAGGGGGUGGACAUGGUUCUGAACUCGCUGGCGGAGGAGAAGCUGCAGGCCAGUCUGCGCUGCCUGGCUAGACAUGGACGCUUCCUGGAGAUCGGCAAAUACGACCUGUCCAACAACUCACCCCUUGGCAUGGCUCUCUUCCUGAAGAACGUGGCGUUCCACGGCAUCCUUCUGGACGCCCUCUUCGAGGAGGGGAACCGCGAGUGGGAGGAGGUGUCUCAGCUGCUGAAGGACGGGAUCGCGGGGGGUGUGGUCCAGCCCCUGCGCACCACUGUCUUUGAGAGGAACCAGGUGGAGGAGGCCUUCCGCUACAUGGCCCAGGGCAAGCACAUCGGCAAGGUUCUGCUGCAGGUGCGGAAUGAGGAGACAGGCACAGGCACACACUCUGCUCCACUCUCUCUCCCUGCUAUCUGCCGCACCUCCUGCCCCGCCUCCCACUCUUACAUCAUCACUGGAGGGUUGGGCGGCUUCGGCCUGGAGCUCGCCCAUUGGCUGACGGAGAGGGGGGCUCGCAAGCUCGUGCUGACAUCUCGCUCUGGGAUCCGCAAUGGGUACCAGGCCAAGCGAGUGCGGGAGUGGCAGGCAAUGGGAAUCCAGGUGCUAGUGUCUACCAACGACGUCAGCACCUUGGAGGGAGCCCAGCGCCUCAUUUCUGAAGCCACCAAACUGGGUCCCGUUGGGGGCAUCUUCCACCUUGCCAUGGUCCUGAAGGACGGCAUGCUGGAGAACCUGACUCCUGAUCACUUCCAGGAUGUCAACAAACCUAAAUACAACGGCACCAUUCACCUGGACAGGGUGACCCGGCAGCAGUGCCCGGAGCUCAGCCACUUCGUGGUCUUCUCCUCCGUGAGCUGCGGCCGCGGGAACGCCGGGCAGAGCAACUACGGCUUCGCCAACUCCACCAUGGAGCGGAUCUGCGAGCAGAGGAGGCACGACGGGCUGCCCGGCCUCGCGGUGCAGUGGGGCGCCAUCGGCGACGUGGGCGUGGUCCUGGAGACCAUGGGUGGGAACGACGCCGUCAUCGGCGGGACCCUUCCCCAGCGCAUCGCCUCCUGCCUGGAGGUCCUGGACCGCUUCCUCAACCAGCCGCGGCCCGUCAUGUCCAGCUUCGUGCUGGCCGAGAGGGCCGCAGCAGCCAAGAGCGAGGGGUCCGGGCAGAGGGACCUGGUGGAGGCGGUGGCCCACAUCCUGGGUGUGCGUGAUGUCAGCAGCCUGAACGCGGACGCCUCCCUGGCGGACCUGGGCUUGGACUCCCUGAUGGGCGUGGAGGUGCGGCAGACCCUGGAGCGCGACUACGACAUCGUCAUGGCGAUGAGGGACAUCCGCCAGCUCACCAUCAACAAGCUGCGCGAGCUGUCCAGCCAGCAGGGCGGCACUGAGGAGUCACGGCCAUCCCCACUGAAGAGGGCCGGCGCGGGGACCCUGUCGGAGUCCGACCUCAGCCUGCUCCUGGUGAACCCGGACGGCCCCACAGUCACACGCCUGAACGAGGUGCAGAGCGCGGAGCGCCCCCUCUUCCUGGUGCACCCCAUCGAGGGCUCCAUCACCGCCUUCCGCACCCUCACCAGCAAGCUCAGUGUGCCGUGCUAUGGCCUGCAGUGCACUAAAGCCGCUCCUCUGGACAGCAUACAGAGUCUGGCUUCCUACUAUGUGGAAUGCAUACGGCAGGUCCAGCCAGAGGGGCCGUACCGUAUCGCCGGCUACUCUUUUGGUGCCUGCGUGGCAUUUGAGAUGUGCUCUCAGCUGCAGGCCGCCCAGAAGCCCGUGGAGUACCUCUUCCUGUUCGACGGCUCGCACUCCUACGUGGCAGCAUACACCCAGAGUUACAGGGCAAAACUCACCCCGGGCAAGGAGUCUGAAGCGGAAACCGAAGCCCUGUGUGCGUUUAUCCAGCAGUUCACCGGCACCGAAUACAACAAGCUCCUGGAGACCUUGCUGCCCCUGUCAGAUCUGGAGGCCAGAGUGAACGUGGCGGUGGACCUGAUAACGUCCAGCCACAAGAACAUGAGCCGCGACUCCCUGCGCUUUGCAGCUUCGACCUUCUACUACAAGCUGAAGGCUGCCGACCGUUAUGUGCCCGCCGCCAAGUACCAUGGCAACGUCACUCUUCUGCGGGCCAAGACCAGCAGCGAAUACGGGGAUGGACUGGGUGCAGACUACCGGCUGCACGAGGUGUGUGAUGGCAAGGUGUCUGUCCAUGUGAUCGAGGGGGACCACCGCACGUUCCUGGAGGGUGAAGGAGUGGACUCCAUCACUGGAAUCAUUCACAGCUCGCUGGCUGAGCCCCGUGUCAGUGCCAGGGAGGGUUAAACCAUAUCCUUGAGCCACCCUGCCAUUUCUAUGACCCCCCCCCCCCCCCAACACACACCCAGUCCCCACUCCUGACCCUGCCUGCAUCCUCACCGGACAGACACCCACACUGGACCUGCAGCAGCAAGAGGGACAAUUUCAGAAUCAUUUUUCAUUGGCUGGAUGUCAGCCUUUUCUUCAGCCUCUUUAUUAGCACAUAAUUUGGCCCAGGAUGUAAUCUGCUGCAUGCAAAAUAUUUCCCCUGUUUUCUUGCUGUACCAACACAGUCUUUAUGUCUAUUUUUUCUAUUUCCUUUUGUACUGUCAUUUUUAUUUUUGUCAUGUUUUGAAUUAUAAUAAAACUCAGAAUUCACAUGACUUACCAUAGAAUUCUGUAAUACCACAUGCACCAAGGAUUAUAGCAUGUCAUCUUGGCCAUGUGGCAAUUAAUGAGAGACUAGAUAAAGCUCCCAGUCUAAUAAGUGUGUAACUUGGUGUUUAAAGGUCUGCUAAAGGGUAUAUCUAGCUGAAUAAUAAUGGAAAUGCUUUGACAUUUGCAUAUGCAUGUGGAUCAUAUGCAAAGCUAUAGCCAGCCCUGAUGAUGCAGACCUGGCUGUGCCACAACACCCAAGCAUAUUAAAGUACGGAGGUCCCCUGUAUAUAGUUAGAGUUGCCUGUUUACCACUUGUAAAUGUACUGUAACUGUAAUUUAGUGAAGAGGAUACCAGUAUUUAAUGUUUCUUUUUGCAAAACAAUAACACAUUAUUAACUACAGUAGAUUUGCCCUAGCUGGUCUCUUUGUAAGCACUGUCCAAAUUCUGUGUUGAUUGCGUUGCCUUGCAAAGAUGCUGCAACUGUCUUAUUGUCAAUACAGGACUCCAUGUGAGCUCUUGACCAAGGUAUUUUCAUAUGAGUAUUGCCAAGAAUUUCACAAUCAGAGUCCAAACAUGAACCAAAAUACUCUUACAUGUCAAAGUGUAACAAAAACUUGCACACAAAAAGUAGUCUGAAUGCACCAAAUCUCAUCUAUCGUAUUGUGUGUGAUGACUUCCUUAGGAGAAAAUGUACAUUCCUGCCACAAAAGUGAUACAAUUAGUAAAGUUUUGCCAAACGGAUUGCUAAGAUGGUCAAUAAUGAAGUACACAUCUUGUUCUGUUUCUUGGCAUUUGCUGGAAAAAGGCUGAUAUUUUUCCAUGUGGUUUUGUCUUUAAGGUGGCUGAUCUGAGUUCUGCCCCUGUUUCAUUCUUGUAUGAUGCUGUGUGUCUGGAAUUUGGAGAAUAUUUGGUUUUAAAAAAAAUGCUACCAUUGUUGAUCAAACUACUGUUUGAUAUCUACUAAAAUAUUUAUCUUGCCAUUUAUUGUACUCAAAAUAUUAUA